CCGAAAUGAGAUGAGUAUGCGUGUGGCGUGGGCCAGAUGGUACUGGAUUGUUAUAUUCACGACUUGCGCUGCGAGGACUGCCAGCGACUGGCUCGAUUGCGCCCACAUCGCUACCUGCCGCUGCAAAUGGUCCUCGGGUAAGAAGACAGCUUCAUGUGCCUCCAGUGACCUACGCCGCCCGCCGUCUCUCUCAUCAGACAUCCAAGUUCUCGAUCUUCACGACAACCCGCUAAGAAAUCUCCCUCAGGAAGUUUUCGCUAAUAUAGGCCUGUUAAAUUUACAAAGAUUGAAUUUGAAAGCGACUAAAUUGAGAUCGAUUCAUGCUGAUGCAUUUUUAGAGUUAAGAAUUUUAAUCGAAGUCGAUUUAGCCGAUAACGACCUGUCAAGCAUACCGAGAGAUAUAUUUAGAGGUAACGAAAGACUGCGCUUAGUUGUACUGAGCAACAAUCCUUUGACAACACUAAUUGCAGACCAAUUUCCAUCAUUACCACACCUACGGAUGCUUCUAUUAGAUGGAUGCAGAUUAAGAUCUUUGCAUACAAAUUCGUUGAGGAAUCUGAAAUCAUUAGAGACAAUAGACUUGCGUAGAAAUCAGUUAACAUUCCUUCGUUUAAGUACGUUCUCAUUGCCCGCUUUGAAGACAAUAUCACUAUCUGGAAAUCCAUGGGGUUGCGAUUGUCGUCUUCGUGAGUUUAAGGACUGGUUUUUAGAUAGUAAAUUGGGUACAGAGGAGUUAGUGUGCGUAGAACCAUCAACACAAGCGGGUAAUAAGUGGCGCAACGUACCUAGUGAAAGUAUGGCCUGCGCGCCAGAAGUGCGUUCAAGUACAUUAGUGGUAAGAGCUGAAGUUGGUGCACCUACUUCCUUUGGUUGUUGGGUGCACGGUGUUCCAAAACCACGAAUUACAUGGUUAUUCGAUGGAGUGGAUGUUCAUAAUGGUACUGUUGAUAUCGAUAUGGAAGAAUCGGAGACUAGUAUAGACAAUGAUAGUUCUGAAGUAAGAGUACCUGGUAGUGUAAGAUGGGUUAAUAUUACUCUUUUAAAUGUGACAUCUAGCGCUGCAGGCGAGUGGACGUGUGUAGCUAAAAGUAUAGCAGGCGAAGCAAGAGCCAUUAUAAGUCUAGUUUUACCAAGAUCUCAAACCGCGACUGCCCGUACCGCUCCAGGUAUUCCACAGCUUUUAGGAGUUGUAUUUGGCGCCUUAGGUGUUUUAGCCAGCCUUGGUUUUAUUGCCGCUGUUGCUUGUUGGCAUUUAAGAAGACGAACUGUACCACCGAGUCGAAGCUUUACUGACCAAGAAAAAAGACUUAUCGACGCAUCAGUAGUUGUUAGCUGCGAUCGUUCUAUUGGAGAUAUGGCAUCACCAUGUGAUUUCGAGUUAACUGAAAGAUCAUUAUCAAUUGAUGAUAAUCAAUCUAGGGGAUGUGGAUUUGAUCCUGUUCAUAUAACUAUAGAAGGUACUCCGGCUUUUCCUCCACCACCAGCGGAAUUUGCAGUACCAGUUCCUUAUGGCAAUAUAUUCAUAUCGGUGCAAGUGGCAGGGAGAGGAGAACCUGGGAAAUAUCCAGAUUUACUAAGUGGUGGAGCUACUUUACCCAGGCGGAGUAGAACAUGCUGUGCUGCACCUGCUUAUGAUAACAUGGGUCCCAGAGUUACAGCAACCGGGAGUUCGACCUGGUCAUUGCCAGGCGCUAAUUCAGAUAAUGCUGAUCAAUCGGAGACGCCUGUCUUAACAUUACCACCUCCACCUCCAGAGUUUGUCUCCCUUUAGCCUAGGCCAUUGGUACUAGACGCCUCCAAUCUGAGGUGACCUGGUACCUAGGACAUUUCGAGU